AUGGCGGUUGCUGGUGACUUGCUCGUUGUCGCGCAGAACGAUCGUCUCAGAGUCCUCCAUCUACAGACGCAAGAAGUGCUUUGGCAGAUACCCGUGGCCGAUACGCGCAUCACGGCUCUCGAGUUUCGUACAGUGGGUAUACCCAACCUCGUGGACGCUGGUCGAUUCCUAUGGGUAGGUUUCAAAGAUGGUUCACUGCAUGAAUAUGAUUUAAAGCAUCGCAUCUGUAUUGAACGACUGCAUCGCGCACAUAACUCUGCCGUCACCCAUAUCCUGCGCGACUUUCAAACCAUGUGGACACUCGAUGAGGGCGGCAAUCUUCAUACUUGGCCACCUGCCUGUUCACUCAAAGGCAAACCUCUUCAUGCGAGUAUUCGCACCGUUCCAGGCAUUCAAGCAGCCCUCGCAAUUGAUGGCAAAUUAUGGAUUGGUUGCGGUCGUACCGUACACGUCUAUCACGCAACAGGCCAAUCAGUGACACCUGAACGCGGCGUUGAAGCAUCGCGCGUAACGGGUCUCAUCACUUCUGCUGUUUAUCUUCGGCAUGACCCUGAUAAAGUCUACUUCAGCCAUGAUGACGGUAAAGUGACAGUCUAUGCGACAGAUCGGCCGCAUUGUAUCGAUGUCCUCAGUAUAUCUCACUACAACAUCUCUGCAUUGCUCGCGGUUGGUGAUUACCUGUGGACGAGCUUCAAGACAGGCAAGGUAUUUGUCUAUGAUGUACACUGCAAGCCCUGGCGUGUCAUGAAGGAGUGGCCUGCACAUAAAUCUCCCAUCACGGAACUCUGCGUCGAUCGCGGUGGUCUUUGGAAGGAAAAACGACUCGGUGUCUGUUCUGUUUCUGCUGAUGGUAUUGUCAAAGUAUGGGAUGGUCUGAUGAUGACUGAUUGGCUUGAUGCAGAGAUGCAGAAGCGGAUUGCUUCGUUUUCGACAUUUCGCGAAGUACGUGCUGUGGUGUGUACAUGGAACGCUGGCGCUUCUGUACCGUCUCGCCUCAGUCGUGAUUAUGAAGACUCGCAAUUCAUUGAAAAUAUGAUUCGCGAAGCACAAUCACCCGAUAUGAUUGUCUUUGGCUUUCAAGAAUUGGUGGAUCUCGACAACAAGGGAAAAGCAUCGAGGAGUGUUGCAAAAGGCUUCUUUGGCUCCAAGAAGAAGGAAGACAAGUUGGAGGAGAAGGCUCUUGCUUUUGCAUAUCAGCAGUGGCAAAAUCACUUGGAGAAGCAAGUGGCCAUCUCUUCAACAGAUACCUACCAGCUCAUCCAAGUCAAGCAACUCGUUGGCCUCUUCUCGUGCGUGUUUGUCAAGGAAUCCCUCCUCAAGCAUACCACCAGCGUUGAUGCGACAGUUGUCAAGACGGGCCUCAAAGGUCGCUAUGGCAACAAGGGAGGCAUCAUUAUUCGCAUGACGCUGGACGAUACGUCCAUCUGCUUUGUCAAUUGCCACUUGGCAGCCGGACAAAAGCACGUCAUGGCCCGCAAUAACGACAUCUUCUCUAUCCUCGAUCAGGCUGCACUGCCUGCAGGUACAAGCAGUCAACUUGAUCGGCACGUCUUUAGCGGUGGUGGUGAUGGAAGCAUGGUACUGGAUCACGAAGUGUGCAUAUUGAAUGGCGAUCUCAACUACCGCAUCAAUGGACGGCGCACGCACGUUAUCCAGCAGAUCAAAGAGGGCAAGCUCAGCAAAUUGCUUGAAGCAGAUCAACUUCUCAUUGAACUGAAGCGUAAUCCAACGCAUCGUCUCCGGUCGUUUCAAGAGCAAACGAUACGCUUCCCGCCUACGUACAAGUAUGAUCCAGGCUCAGAUCAAUAUGACACCUCGGAAAAGGCUCGUGUCCCCGCCUGGUGCGAUCGUAUCUACUACAGAGGUCUUGGAGGCAACAUGUCCUGUACCUCUUAUAAGCAACACACGUGUCGCGUCUCUGACCACCGGCCUGUUUCUGCGCUGUUGUCCUUUCAAGUCAAGACGGUUGAUAGUCGCAUCAGCCAAGUGUAUGACGAAGUUGCUCAGUCUUGGAUUGAUUUGGCAAACAAGACGAUCCUAUCGGCGAAGCUGAUGGUGUUGAAGAUUGCAACGGGCUGUAGUGAUGCAAAGGCGAAAGAAGCACUCAAGCGGCAUGGAUAUAGUGUACCAGAAGCAGCUGCAAGUAUUGCUGUAGAUUAG